AUGGGUAACGAAGAAGUUAAGUUGACUGCAUUCGACAUGAUGGCAAUGAUUAAACAGUGUUUAAGUACACUAAGGGAGCAAAAGAACGAAAGUUACAAAUUGAUUCCGGCAGCGCUACGAUUGGAUCCAGACGAGGUAGACAAGCGUGACACGGACUGCAACGACUAUCGGGUGUUUCAAGGGCGUCAGUUCCGCGUUUCGGCAAAGGAUGAAGCUGCUUUUGAGCAACUCCGACUUUUGAAAUUAGCGGCAACUACCAGGCGCACAAAGCGGAGUCGUGUUGUGAUCGAUUAUUCUGAGAAUGAAGAGGGGAAAAAUGAAGAGAUGACAGAGAAAUUAAAGAAGGCAGAGCAAGAACGUGCUAUUGCAGCUGAAAAACGUAGAAAAGCAGCUGACGAGAAGAAGAAAGCGACAUGGAAUGCAAAUGCGGCCCAACGCUUGAAAUCUUUCCAACAA